UCCUAUUAGGUAUUCUUGAUGACCAAUCAUCGAAUCUUACAAAUCAAUUCCUGAACAUGUUGGGCUGCUCCCAACACUUGUUCUGUGAUGUUGUCGAAGGGGUGGUCCAGAAACGCCAGGUUUUGCUCGAGUGUCACCAAUCAAAUGAAUGAUGCUCGCUCUGUUAGAAAGGAAACGCAACAUGAUUUCACUUUGAGAAACGGUGACUGGGAAUUCACAAGGUUCAUUCCAUUGACUGAGCUUCAUCAUAGUAUUCGGGGAUACCUAGCAAAUGACACUUUGGUCAUUAAAGUCGAAGUUUGGGUCUUAACAGUUACUCCUCCAGUGAAUAUUCAGCCAGCUAGACCAACUGAUUUGUUUGACUCCUAUUUUACUGGUCUGGAGGAACUUGUCAAUGCUGCUGAGAUUAAUGGUGCUAGUGUAGGAUCAAGUUCGUGCCACCAACAUAGUGCUUUGACGGCUGAAAUUCCUAGCUUAGAAGAAGUUGAGAAGGCUGAGCAGUCUUUGUGGGAAUGCCUUUCAGAUCUCUUUAAAUUGAAUAUGAAAGAGAGGUUUUCUGAGGCACUAUCAACUUUGAGCUCAGCCAGAAAUGGAUUAUCGUUGGAGCAACAAAAAAUAAUUGAGACACUUCGGGCCAAUUUCAAUGAUUUCACUUCGGACUUCCUAACAUUUGAGCAGGACAAUGCUGAGUUUGAGCUGCACAAACUGCAGAUGGAUCAAAGGUUCUCUGCUAUGAAGAAGAGCCACGAGACUCGCAUCUUUUAUACGCAGUUAAUGGAUGACUGCGUCAAGGAAGAGGAAGAGCUCAAGAGAAAGAUGGUGGAAGUGAAGUCUAGGAGGUACAAGCUCCUCUCAGACUGGGAAAUCUUGCUGGUCGAGUUCGAAGAAGCGAAGUCGGGCUAUAAAGAUGAGCAAAAAAAAGUAGCAGAGGCUGAGGAAAAGAAAAGAAUAGCCGAGGAAAGAAUGUCUAGAUCAACCACUGCUUGGUCGAACUUGAAGGCUCAGUUCUGUUAAAACUUUACGGUUUCAAAUAGGCUAUGAGGCAAUUGUU